AUGACAACCACUGGAACAGGUAUUAUUUCUUUAGUUUGUCCUGAAGGACGUUUACGUAUUGAAGCUAAAAAGGUAGUAGAUGGAAAUAAAGUGGAGCUUAAACAAGAAUGCUCUAUUAAUUCUCCAAAUCCUGUUAAUAAUAAAGCAGAAAUGAAUGAAACAAAGCCGAUACGUCUAACUCUGAAUAAGGAUUCGAAUCAACUUUUUCAUGGAAUCCAAUAUACUGGUUCUGUUGUAUAUGCAGGAGAUUGUUCUGGAUGGGUGUGGGGGUGUGGGUGUGGGUGUGGGUGUGGGUGAGGGUGUGGGGUGUGGGUGUGGGU